GCCGGAAGGGGGUGGCCGCCGGCCCGGCCCCGCCCCGGGCCGCCUCCUCGCGGGUUCCGUUGGCUGGGGCGGCAGCUGAGCCUGUGGCGGCAGUGGCCGCGGGGUGGGCGUAAGAUGGCGACAGCAGCGGCGGGAGCCCUGGGCCUGCUGUGGGGCUGGCUUUGGAGUGAGCGCUUCUGGCUGCCCCAGAACGUGAGCUGGGCCGACCUAGAGGGGCCGGGCAACGGCUACGGCUACCCGCGGGCCCGGCACAUUCUCUCCGUGUUCCCACUGGCGGCGGGCGUGUUCUCCGUGAGGCUGCUCUUCGAGCGGUUUAUUGCCAAACCCAGUGCCCUUCACAUUGGCAUCCAGGACAGUUGUCCUUAUCAGGUCCAACCUAAUGCCAUCCUUGAAAAGGUGUUCGUAUCUAUUACCAAGUAUCCUGAUGAGAAAAGGCUGGAGGGCCUGUCAAAGCAACUGGACUGGGAUGUCCGAAAAAUCCAAUGCUGGUUUCGCCAUCGGAGGAAUCAGGACAAGCCCCCAACGCUCACUAAGUUCUGUGAAAGCAUGUGGAGAUUCACUUUUUAUUUAUGUAUAUUCUGCUACGGAAUUAGAUUUCUCUGGUCGUCACCUUGGUUCUGGGACACCCGACAAUGCUGGCACAGUUACCCUUAUCAGCCUCUCACAAGUGGGCUUUAUUACUAUUAUAUCAUGGAAUUGGCUUUCUAUUGGUCUCUUAUGUUUUCUCAGUUUACAGACAUUAAAAGAAAGGACUUCCUAAUCAUGUUCGUGCAUCACUUGGCCACCAUUGCGCUCAUUACCUUCUCCUACAUCAACAACAUGGUUCGAGUGGGAACCCUGGUCAUGUGUCUCCAUGAUGCCUCAGACUUUUUGUUGGAGGCAGCCAAACUGGCCAAUUAUGCCAAGUAUCAGCGUCUCUGUGACACCCUCUUUGUGAUCUUCAGUGCUGUUUUUGUGGUGACCCGUCUAGGAAUCUAUCCAUUCUGGAUUCUGAACACGACCCUCUUUGAGAGUUGGGAGAUGAUUGGGCCCUACCCCUCCUGGUGGCUCUUCAAUGGCCUUCUCCUGAUCCUACAGGUUCUGCAUGUCAUCUGGUCCUACCUGAUUGCACGAAUUGCUUUCAAAGCCUUGAUCCGAGGAAAGGUGACCUGUCCAGGAAGGAUUAGACCCAGACUCUGUACUCUCCACCCUUUUCUCACCUCCUUCCUUUUCUCUAUGCCUGGCGGGAGCUGGACAGUUUCAUCUCUUGCAUGUAUCUAAGGAUGAUCGCAGUGAUGUGGAGAGCAGCUCAGAGGAAGAAGAUGUGACCACCAGCACAAAAAGCUCCUGUGGCAGCAGCUCCAGCAAUGGUGCCAAUCGGGUGAAUGGUCACAUGGGAGGCAGCUACUGGGCUGAAGAGUAAGGUGGCUGGUGUGGGGACUUAAGCACAGAUGGACUUGUAGGGCCACUGGCAACCUACUCUUCUCCAGCCUCCCCACAUCCGCACUCUUGUGACGAGGGGGUGUGCAGGGCAUUGAGGAGAAUCAAAGAAACAAAUAUUUUCACUUUUUUAAGAAAACUCUACCAUUGUGUAUUUAAUAGUCUCGAGUUUCUUUCAGUAAUGUUAUUUGAUUUGCUUUGUGUGCGUGCGUGCGUGUGUGUGCAUAUGUGCAUGUGCAUUUGUGCAUAUGCCUGACUUUCAUUGCCUGGGUGGGGCACACAGUUCUGAACUGGGGGCAGUAGGCCUUGCUGGUCCUCUUUGAAUCCACCUCAAUCCCAGAUUCGACUGCACCUUGAAUUAUGCUGGCUCCGGAAUGUCCCCUCCCUUGUUGUUGCCCAAGGCUCUUGAGACUCUGGCCCUCUGAACGGAGAAGCCAAGUUCAGCUCCAGGUUUCUGCACUGUUCCUUGUUCAGAGCUGACAUAUUUCACAUGAAGUUGUGUAGAAACAGACGAACCUGCAUGGAUAGUCAGGAUUGCUGUGGCCCCUAGCUAGGCUCCCUUCCUACAACCUGGUGGUGACAGGGACAGCUGCCGGUACCCUGCCCUUUGUUCAAUGGUACGCAGGGAGUGGGGGGUGGGAGGAGAGGCUGAGCUGAGGGCUGGAGGACAACAGCCACUGGGUGUGCUGUUAACGGUUUAUACUAUUGUUUACCUUCCUGUGAUUAAAAGUGCUUCAACCCUCA